CCCUCACGACGCCAGGACAGCGGAGUCAAUCACCACCUUCCGGAGACACCUGAAACCCCACCUCUUCAAGGAAUACCUAGGAUAGGGUAAGUAAGGGUAAGUAAUCCUUCUCAUCCCCCCCGCCAACAAGAUUUAGAUGCAAGUGGCUGUUCCACUGGUUGUCAUAAGGUGUAUGCACCAAUUUGUAAGUCGCUCUGGAUAAGAGCGUCUGCUAAAUGACUUAAAUGUAAAUGUAAAUGUUGUAUAAGCCUACUGUGAGAGUUAGUUCAUAUAAGUGCAUAGAAUUACAUAACUAGAAAUAAAACUAGAUGUAUAGGAUCUCUGCCUUUUUGUGGUCGACAAUACAUGUAUUAUUCAGAAUAGGAUACACUGAUUACAUACAAGUUUUAUUUUGGAAUCGCUGUAUGCUGUGUAAAUAUUCCUAUUUUUUAUCUCGGAGAAAAAAAUAGAUUGACUGUCAGUCCUUUUGACCAAUGAAAAUGUUUAAAUUACGGCUUGGCUACAUGAGUUUAUAUCAGACCCAUCGAGUGGGUUCGAUUAAUCCCGCCGGGCGUUCUUGUCGGUGUGUUUUGCGUUGGAUGAAAGGUGAUUGUAUUCGAUUUGGAGGUGGCUCACCUCCUGGGAGUGAGCUAGGCGAAGUCGGCUCCAAGCACAUGGCGAAGCCGGCUCAAAACAAAAGUGACUUAAUUAAGCACGUGUAGUAAUUACUAGGAUUCUGUGGUUUGCCAUGCUAAAGGGAUAAAAACGGUUUAUCUGCCUUCCCAAUGAAAAAUAGUUAGAAAAGUCGAACAAUUUUAUGGAAAAGAGGUGUAUAUUUAUGGACGGUGCACCAUGUUGCCUUGUUGACAAAAUGACCGAGCGGCGCAGAAUACUGUUCGAUUUGAGAAUGGCGCUCCUCCCUCCCGAUAUCACCCGAUGACGUAACGUGCCAUACCCAGUGCCCCGCGGUUUAGCAUAAUCGAAUCCGCACAUUAAUACUGACGAAUUUCUUAGUUUAUUUAUAAUGUAUUUCCUUUUAUUUGUGUAAUUCAAGGCUCAUCUGUAAAAUAGAACUUGGUCUCAGUAUGACUCCCUGAUAAAAUAAAGUUUAAAUGAAAUAUGACUCUGGCUCGCACAACCAAUCAUGAGAGGAUUGCGGUCGUCGUUUGGUGUUCACCGUUGCUACGGAAACACAGAAAAGCUUUACCGGAAAAUAGCUGAUAGGGAGUUUAUGACAAGUUAUUACACCUGGCUAAUAAGUAAACACAAACUGUUAACUAAACAAGUAAAUAGUAUAUAGAAGUAGUAAUCACUUAAAACAAUCGACGAUGCAUCCUGAACCCCUCGAAUCCGGUGAGGUGGAAGAAGAGAGUGGCGAGGAAUCCAGUACGACCCUGCAAGCUGAAGAUGCAGAAAUAUUGCUGAACGCAAUGUCAACAACUUACAGUAAACUAGAGGAGGCCCCCACGGCGAACUGCAGCCCCCUGCCAAACGAUAUCGAAGGAGACCGUUGUGUGUCCUCACAUACAGAAGUCGACAAACUCAUACAAGCCCAAAAACAAGAGAAAAAGGAAAAGGACUCAAGUCCAAGAAUGACAAAGACAUUUCUGAAGGACCACUGCAAACAAAAUAAACUCUACAUGACACCUCGAUUGAAUGACACACUGUAUUUGCACUUCAAAGGCUUCUCCACUAUAGAGAAUCUGGAGGAGUACACAGGGCUGAAGUGUCUCUGGCUGGAGUGCAACGGGCUGCUGCGCAUCCAGAACCUGCAUGCCCAAACAGACCUACGCUGCCUCUUCCUCCACCAGAACCUCAUACACAAUCUGGAGAACUUAGAACCACUCAGCAAGCUCUGCACCCUCAAUGUCUGCAACAACUACAUACGCACCAUUGAAAACAUUGCCUGCCUCCCUGAUCUGGGCACCCUGCAGAUAGCCCAUAAUAAGCUGCAGACAGUGGGAGACGUGGAGCAUCUGAGUCAGUGCCUCUCCCUCAGUGUACUGGACAUGUCCCACAACCUGCUGGAUGACCCAGACAUCCUCACUGUGCUGGAGAGAAUGCCUGAACUGCGCGUGCUGAACCUGAUGGGAAAUGAAGUGAUCAAGAAAAUCCCAUACUACAGGAAGACUAUGAUCAUACGUCUAAAACAGCUCACGUACCUGGAUGACCGACCUGUGUUCCCAAAGGACAGGGCGUGUGCGGAGGCGUGGGGGACAGCGGGUCCAGAGGGGGAGCGCAGGGAGAGGGAAUCAUGGCAAACACGAGAGAGAAGGAAGAUCCAGGACAGUCUGGACGCCAUGGCAACCAUCAGAGACCAAGCCAGGGAGAGACUGCGAGUCAGAGAGCUGCAAGAGAGAGGGGAGUAUGAGACCACUACAACUCCAGAACUUGAGAGCCCCAGUGAAAAGAACCAGAGCCAGAAUCAGAGCCUGGGCUGGGAGGAGAGGAUUCAGGCAUUUGUGGAGGACAGUCUGGAGGCCCAUGAAGAGUUCCUACAGACACAGAGAGAACAGCCAGAAAAGGAGGAGCUAGGGAAUGAACAGCCACUGAAGAAACAGCUAGACAGAGAACAACCAGAAAGAGAGGAUCUGGAGAGAGAUCAGCUAGAGAGAGAGCACCAAGAGGGAGAUCAGCUAGAGAGAGAGCACCAAGAGGGAGAUCAGCUAGAGAGAGAGCACCAAGAGGGAGAUCAGCUAGAGAGAGAGCACCAAGAGGGAGAUCAGCUAGAGAGAGAGCACCAAGAGGGAGAUCAGCUAGAGAGAGAGCACCAAGAGGGAGAUCAGCUAGUGAGAGAGCACCAAGAGGGAGAUCAGCUAGAGAGAGAGGACCAAGAGGGAGAUCAGCUAGAGAGAGAGGACCAAGAGGGAGAACAACCAGAUGGAGAGCAAGCAGCAGAAGAAAGCUUAAAGGAAGAACUGUUAAACCAGUCAAAGAGAGAACAACUACAAAGAAGGCAGCCAAAGAGAGAGAAGUUAGAGAGAGAGCAGUCAGUAUGUGGCCAGCCAGAGUCUCAGACAGCUGUAGAGCAUGGUCCUGGACCAAUGGUGACUGAGCUAGAGGAGACAGAGGACCUGGAGACCAUCCACCUGGAGCCACGCCCACCACUUCGUAUUGAUGAUCUCCCUGAUCUGGAGGAUGUGAAUGUUGAAGAUCCAGACAGCACCUGCAUCUUCUCCUCUCAGCAAGUAUUCCGGCCAAAGAUAGAGGUAAUUUCAGGAGACACCAACGAUGUAGAUCCAAUCAUACAUCAGAGUGGGACUGUGUGGACCACAGAGACCACACCUACCUCAGAUCCAAGCUCAUCUUCACUGUUCAGGGUCUGUGACAACACGUCAAACAAAUCGCCCACCAAUCACCGAGUAGCAUUGGACCCAGAGGCGGGGGAUGCCCCAGAGCUGGUGAUAUCAGACCCUCAGGGAGAACCCAGACAGAGGCAGAGCCCUGAAGCCAGAAAACCAGGUUGUCUCAUUGAGGAGCUGGACUAACUCUGCAGAAGGCUGUGAUAGCAUUAACAUAACAACACUAGGUUUAGGUGUUCAAUCUAGGAAAGCCUUGUUUUGCUGAAUACAGGUACAAUGUAAGCACAGAGAGCUGCUAUGGAGCUAUUUUGCAGCCACGGGUUUUUACACCCAACACAUUUUCUGCACAAAACUAUUUUUUUGUGGUUUUUUUGUUAGUUAUUCGUAGCUGUUCUGUUACUGGUUAUACUUUAUAUUCUGUAUUCUCAGGCUCAGUGUUCUAAAUGAAAUGUUCAUAAACUCCACUUCAAAUCCAUUCCAAGAUAAUCCCAGGCAGAUCAUAAAAUAAAACGUUAUAGUACAGUA